AGCUGUCAGGAUGCUCCCUCAGCUCUUCGUGCAGGUUUCUGUCCUGCUCGUGUGUGAUGCCGUCUUCCUCUCCUUUCUAAAUGGGUGGUGGCCCUCCCUGGCCCUCCUGGGGGCCCUGGCUGCAUGGGUGGAAGCCACCCUGCGCCUACUGUUUCUUGGGGGACUUGGGGGGCUUCUCCCUCUGGGCCAACCCUCCCAGGCCCUCCUUGUGACAAUGGCCACUGUAGUCCUGCUGGCCCCCUUCAACCAGGCGGUGGGGCACUGGUUGGGAGACCCCCCUCUCAUGCUCUCUUCAGCCCCUUGGUCCUGGAUGCUGGUGGGCUAUGCGGUGGGGGGCCUGGCCCUUCUGAUUUGGGAGAUCCUGGGUCAAGGGGCCUCCACGGAGAAGGGCAAGGAAGGGGACAAGGCUGCCUUCUGGAAAGUGGUGAAGCUCUUCCGUCCGGAUGCUCUGUACCUGGCGGGGGCCUUUUUCUUCCUCACCAUGGCGGUCGUGGGUGAAACUCUUAUUCCGUACUAUACUGGACGCCUGAUUGACAUCUUGAACACCAAAUAUGACUCAGAUGCUUUCUCCUUGGCCAUCCUCUCUGUCUGCCUGGUGUCCCUUGGCAGUUCUCUGUCUGCCGGCUGCCGUGGGGGACUGUUCACGUUCACUAUCUCUCGGAUGGUUGUCCGGGUGCGCCAACUCCUCUUCUCUUCCUUGAUGAGGCAGGAUGUGGCUUUCUUCCAGGAGCUGAAAACAGGGGACUUGACCUCCCGCCUCUCCAAGGACACAACCAUGAUGAGCUACUCAGUGCCCCUCAAUGCCAACAUCUUGCUCCGCAGCCUGAUCAAGGUAGUCGGGCUCUACGGGUUCAUGCUCAGUGUCUCCUGUCGCCUGACCCUGCUGUCACUCAUCGAGACACCGAUUAUGCUGGCGACACAGAAGUUCUAUGACAGACGUCACCAGGCCUUGUUACUGGAGAUCCAGGACUCCAUUGCACGCUCCGGAGAAGUGGUCCGUGAGACAGUCUCUUCCAUCGAGACAGUGCGCAGCUUUGCCACCGAGGAGGAAGAAUCACAGCGCUAUGAUGCAGCAUUAAAGGAAACCCAUCGGCUCAAGAACCAGAGAGAUCUGGAGAAAGCCAUCUAUUUACUCAUACGACGGUUACUUGGUCUGGGCCUGAAGCUGUUACUCCUUUACUUCGGAUACCAACAGAUCCUCACUGGCCUUGUAACCAAAGGGAACCUGGUUUCCUUCAUCCUGUACCAGAUGGAAGUGGGGGGAUAUGUGCAGACCCUGAUGUAUAUAUAUGGAGAUGCCCUUAGCAAUGUGGGGGCUGCUAAAAAGGUGUUUGAAUACCUUCGCCGGGAGCCGUCAGUUCAUACAGAGGGGACGUUGGCUCCAGAGGUCCUCCGAGGGCACGUCUCGUUCAAGAACAUUUCUUUUUCCUAUCCCUCUCGCCCUGACGUCCAAGUUUUAAAGAAUGUCUCCUUUGAGCUCCGUCCUGGGGAGGUGACCGCACUGGUGGGACUGAAUGGCAGCGGGAAGAGCACCUGCGUGGCCCUCCUGGAACGGUUCUUUGAGUCCCAGUCGGGGGAAAUCCUAUUGGAUGACGUCCCAAUCCAGGAGUAUGAACACAAAUAUCUACACCGACAGGUGGCACUUGUGGGUCAAGAGCCCACCCUCUUCUCUGGAUCCAUUCGGAACAAUAUUGCCUAUGGGGUGGAGGACUGCAGCCUGGAGGACGUGACUGCUGCAGCUGAAGAAGCCAAUGCCUUGGGAUUUAUCCGUGAGCUGGAAGGAGGGUUCGGUGCAGAUGUUGGAGAGAAGGGAGGCCAGUUGUCCGCAGGGCAGAAGCAGCGCCUGGCCAUUGCCCGGGCCCUGAUCCGGAAGCCAAAGGUCUUGGUGCUGGAUGAAGCCACAAGUGCCCUGGAUGUGGAGAGUGAAGCUGCGGUGAGUAUGCAGUGGAAUAGCCGCCAGGCCCGGGUAGUGCUGGUGAUCGCUCAUCGGAUGCAGACGGUGGAGAACGCACACAAAAUUGUGGUGCUAGAAGGCGGGCAGGUUGUCGAGGAAGGGACGCACUCUGAACUGUUGGGCCAGAAGGGGCCCUACUUCAGGCUGGUCCAGAGGAGCUCCACAGAGUGACAUUGGAGUGAAGAUGGACGCUUUGUGGACAAAU